GUUCCGCGGACGUGCGCGCAUCGUUUACUUUCAGUCGCAUCGCAGUCGCCGUCUGAAUUUCCCAAUUUCAAUUGGAAACCGAAUAAAUUUUGAAAUCCCCCAUUCGAUUUCGAACUGUGCAUAUACUAUUUUUUUUUUUAUUUUCAUAUAUAUUUUUUCUUUGUGAAAAUGCCAAAUUUGCCAUCAUGAGUGUUGAAAAAUUGUAAAGAUCGCGAUAUCCCUUUGGGAAGUGCUAGUCGAAGAAAACUCAAAAUGAAAUUGUGGAAAUCGAAGAAGCCCAUUGUGGGCUGCGUCCCCGGAAAAUCGGCGGCGCUCAAACAGGACCAACAACAACAGCAACAGGAGUCGCAAAACAACACCUUCAAUGGAGGACAUCAUCAUCCAUCGACGGACACUUCCUUGGCGCCCAUGUUAUCCGUUGACCGGGCGAUGAGUCCGGCACAAUCGGAGGACUCCGGAUUGGCUCCGGAAAGGGGAACCACCUACGCCACCAUCACUCUGCCACGGAAUGCCCUGCAUUUGGCCAUCACAUUCGCAGAACGCAACGAUCUGUCGUAUCCGCCGGUGGUGGGUUCCCUAAGUCCGGUGGGUCAUGCGGCGGAUUUCCUGGCGCCUGGCGAUCGUCUCCAUCAGAUCGACGGAAUCUCGACGAUUGGACUGAGCAACCAGAAGGUGAUGAACAUGCUCUGCUCUGGAGGAUCGGAUGCGGGUCCUGCCAUUGUGGAGAUCGAGUAUUCGUUGCCCGAAUACACAGUUUCCCAGAACAGCCUUUGUGUGACCUCGAAACUGGCGCAGAUCACCGUGGAGCGGGAAAGUGGAUGUCUGGGGCUGACGCUAAGGGGCGGGGCCGACUACCCGCUGAUCGUCACCCAUGUGCGGCCCCAUGGACCAGUCUACAAGACCGGUCGCAUCAAGCCCGGCGAUCGGCUGCUGCGCGUCGAUAAUGUCUCACUUAUUGGCAAGACGCUGGCGGAGGCGCAGCAGAUCAUCAAGUGCGGCGGCCACGUUUCCGGCUACACCAACCUGACCAUCGAGUAUGAUGUUUCUGUGGUGCAGAGCGUCGAAUUCUCGAUGGGACCGCUGCUCAUCGAGAUCGAGCGACCGAUGAACGAUAAGUUGGGCCUGGUGCUUUGCAACUACACGCCGGCGGUGCCCAUGCCCACUUCCGGUUCCGGUUCGAGUACUCCUUCCAGUGGCGAGAAGAUCGAGGAAUCGGCGGGCGUCUUUAUAGCCAGUAUCCUGCCAGCCAGCAUUGCAGAUCGUUGCGGCGCCUUAUCCGUCGGCGAUCAGGUGCUCUCCAUCGACGACACAAUGAUCGAGCAUACCGCCUUCAGUCCCGACGAGGUGAUGACCAUAUUGGACACCAGCACGGGUCGCGGCUACACGCAGAUGCAGAUCAUGCCCGCUCACGCGUUGGCCCGUCGCGGUCACACAGCAUUGGGAAGUCCCAAGUACAGCUUUAGCACCCUGGAGUCCCGCAAAUCCUCGACGGCGGGUCGUCAGCGCCAGCGUUUCGCCCGCAAGAGUUCCCUGCCGCUGGAGAAUCCAGUGGGUACUGCGGGCUCCAGUUCCACUGGAGGAUCGGUGGCAACGACGGGAAUCCAUGGCAGUAGCAGCUUGGGCAUGGGUCUCGGUCUUUGCCGAGCAGAAAGUUUUCCCGUUCUCCUCGACUGCAGUCACGGAGCGGGUAUUAUGCUGGCUGAAUCGGGAUCUGGAGGAUCGGGAUCGGGAGGAGCUGUGGCCAUUGCCCAGAUCCUUGCCGAUUCGGUGGCCGAUCGCAGUGGUUGCAUCCAGGCAGGCGAUCGCAUCGUGGCCAUCAACAAGAUGUAUAGCUUGGAUGCGGCGGCCAUGAGGCAGUUGCUCGAAGGAGGAUCCAGUCGCAAUGGUGGCGGCAAUCCCACGGGAACACCGGCCAACUGGCUGGAGCUGGAGAUCGAGUUCGAUAUGCCGGAUGCGGUGGUGCCCUCCAGUGGUGUGUUCAGUGUCAAGUUGCUGAGGGCCGGCAAAUGCGGACUGGGACUGAGUGUCAGUGGUUCCAGCCACGGCGGAUUGGUCAUUUCGGAUGUGAAGAUGGGCAGUCCUGCCCAUCGUAGUGGCUCCCUGCGAUCGGGGGACAUCCUGCUGGCCGUCGACCAGCAUCCAGUGCAGCAUUUCAAUGUGGACGCACUGCUCAAGGAGGAGGGCAGCAGAUCGCAGAAUCCCAGUCACAGCUCCUCGGACUUCACCACCCUGACGAUCAAACGGGUCGUCCUGCCCGAUUUCCUGCCCAUGUCCAGUCCGAUUUACAGUAAUUGUCCUGCCAGUGGCAUAAAUCUGGGCAUGGGCAUGGGUGUUUCCACCAGCACCGAUCACGACCUGUACAGCAGUGCCUAUGUGACGGCGGGCAAGUAUGCGGAUUGUGUCUCCCUGAAGUCGAGGACUCCGCAACCGGAUUACUUUCGGGUGCCCAGCAUGGACGAUGCCAGCCUGCAGUCCGUGCAAAUGCGAUCGGGAUCGGGAUCAGGUUCGGGUUCAACCGGCGGAGGAGGUGGUGGUGGUCAGGCCAACUGCUGGUCCACCGGGGUCAACAGCCGAUCCUUUGUGGCCCCUCCGAACACGCAGAGCCUCACCACCGAGCUGCCCGAGGAGGAGGACGAGCAGGAGCAGCUGUAUCCUGGAUACGAGCUCAACCGCUAUGCCAGUGUUGACUGCACCGCCUUGCCGCCGCCCAUGGAGAACAAGGUGUACGGAUCGGCGGCCAGUUCGAGCAGCAAAAGCAGCGGGAGCAGUUUGCACCAGAUAAUCUUCACGGUGCGAUUGGAGCCCAAGGGAGGAUUGCUGGGGAUCACCCUGGCUGGCAGUGAGGACAUCACCAAGCCCAUCACAAUCAGUGGCCUCGUGGAGGGAGGCAUUGCGCACAAGAAUGGCCAGAUCCACGUAAGUGACCAGUUGCUGGCCAUCGAUGAGCACUCGGUGCAGGGAAUGCCCCUGUCGCAUGCCACCAGCCUGCUGCAGAAUCUCGGCGACCUGGUGGACCUGAAGAUCCUGCGGAGCCACGAUCUGGCCAACGGCAGUCAUCUGCCGCAGACGCAGGCCAUCUAUGCCAAGGUGCAGAGGCGUCCUCGGAGUCCUUCGGCCAACACGGAGGGCAGCAAGGAGUCGGGCAAUGGGAAUGCCAAUGGAAAUGGCAGCACCAAUGGCAAUGGCAGCGUAAAACCCCGUGUUUUCCACGUCACCCUGUACAAGGAUAAGGUGUACGAUGACUAUGGAUUCUCGGUGUCGGAUGGACUCUACGAACGGGGCGUCUUCAUCAACAGGAUUCGCAGCGGAGGUCCUGCCGACAUGUGCGGUCUCCUGAAGCCCUUCGAUCGCAUUAUGCAGGUAAAUGAGAUGAAGACGCAGGACUUUGACUGCUGCCUUACUGUUCCGCUAAUUGCCGCCGCCGGCGAUAAAAUCGAGAUGAUCAUGCAGCGCACCGAGUGAUCCUUGUUGUGCGACAUCCUUAUGUUAAACUAGUUGUACGCUAAGCUAAUCCUAAGUGCCAUUGCUAGCCCAUAAUAUUAUAUAUCCCUGUAACCUGUACCGAACGAACCAAUCCCAAAAACAUCACCAACCUUUAAGGACAAUACGCGCAAAUCAACCUGCCAUAACCAAAUAAUGUCCUCUUUAAAAUAGAUCUGCCAUAAUUCUACUUUAAUUCUACGCUAAAUUUGUUUUCUAGCAAAUAAAUAAUCAUACCGAAAGUUUGUUCGAAACUAAA